AUGCUGAUUUUCAGUAAGAACAAACCAAAAGUGAAGAAAACCCCUUGUGAACACUGCUCUGAAAAGAAAAAGUCAUUUGCUCUUUGUGUAUUAGCCUAUGACAGGUUAAUUGCAAUAUGCUUUCCACUUCGAAGCAACGCACUGAAUUCAAACUCAAGAAUGAUUCUGAUUAUUGUGAUAUCAUGGGUAGUCCCAUUAGUUGUGGUAAUAAUCAUGGUUUCUUUAAUUCCACGUUUACCUUACUGUAAAACAACGGUUGUUAAUAGUUAUUUCUGUGAUCACGGUCCUGUCUUUAAAAUAGCUUGCGGGGAUUACUCACCCAACUGGUUCAUGGCAUGCUUCUAUACAGUUGCUUGCUUUUUUGUUCCAUUUGCUUUUAUAGUAAUCACUUACAUAUUUAUUGUAAAUGCCCUUUUAAAGAUUGCAUCUUCGGAUAGCAGGUGGAAAGCAUUUAAAACAUGCAGCACUCACUUAACCCUUGUAACUAUUUUCUUCACUCCUAUUUUAGUCACGUAUCUUGUAGCUUGGGUGAAUGUCAAUAUUGACACGGACACCAGAAUUCUGAAUACAUCGUUAUCAGCAACUAUUCCACCACUUCUGAAUCCAAUUAUUUAUACAUUAAAAACAGAAGAAAUUAUGGAGCAUAUUAGGAAAUUUUCCAAGAAGAGGAAAACCAAUGCUUUAUGUUAA